CCCGGCAGCAUGGCGGCGGCGGCGGGUGCCCCUCCGCCGGGUCCGCCGCAGCCGCCUCCGCCGCCGCCGCCUGAGGAGUCGUCCGACAGCGAGCCCGAGGCGGAGCCCGGCUCCCCGCAGAAGCUCAUCCGCAAGGUGUCCACGUCGGGCCAGAUCCGCCAGAAGACCGUCAUCAAAGAGGGGAUGCUGACCAAACAGAACAACUCAUUCCAGCGAUCAAAAAGGAGAUACUUUAAACUUCGAGGGCGAACACUGUACUAUGCAAAAACUGCCAAGUCGAUCAUAUUUGAUGAGGUGGACCUGACAGACGCCAGCGUGGCUGAAUCCAGCACCAAAAACGUCAACAACAGCUUUACGGUCAUCACUCCAUGUAGGAAACUCAUCCUAUGUGCAGAUAACAGAAAAGAGAUGGAAGACUGGAUCGCAGCACUGAAGACGGUCCAGAGCAGGGAGCACUUUGAGCCUACCCAGUACAGCAUGGACCACUUCUCAGGGAUGCACAACUGGUACGCCUGCUCCCACGCGAGGCCCACCUACUGCAAUGUGUGCCGAGAGGCUCUGUCUGGGGUCACGUCCCACGGACUGUCCUGUGAAGUGUGUAAGUUUAAGGCCCACAAACGCUGUGCUGUGCGUGCGACCAGUAACUGCAAGUGGACCACGCUGGCCUCCAUCGGGAAGGACAUCAUCGAGGACGAGGACGGGAUCGCCAUGCCUCACCAGUGGCUGGAGGGGAACCUGCCCGUGAGCGCCAAGUGCACGGUGUGCGACAAGACCUGCGGCAGCGUGCUGCGUCUGCAGGACUGGCGCUGCCUCUGGUGCAAGGCCAUGGUGCACACGGCGUGUAAAGAAUCCUUACUGACCAAGUGCCCGCUGGGCCUGUGCAAAGUGUCGGUCAUCCCGCCCACCGCUCUCAACAGCAUCGAUUCCGAUGGCUUCUGGAAGGCCACGUGUCCUCCAUCCUGCACGAGUCCAUUGUUGGUCUUCGUCAAUUCAAAAAGUGGGGACAACCAGGGUGUGAAGUUCCUCAGAAGAUUCAAGCAGCUGCUGAACCCUGCCCAGGUCUUUGACCUCAUGAAUGGAGGACCACACCUUGGCCUACGCUUGUUCCAGAAGUUUGAUACGUUCCGGAUUCUGGUUUGCGGUGGAGAUGGCAGUGUUGGUUGGGUCCUCUCUGAAAUCGACAGCCUCAACCUUCACAAACAGUGUCAGCUGGGAGUGCUGCCCCUUGGCACAGGGAAUGACCUGGCUCGCGUGUUAGGCUGGGGCUCGGCCUGUGACGACGACACCCAGCUCCCACAGAUCUUGGAGAAGCUGGAAAGAGCCAGCACCAAGAUGCUGGACAGGUGGAGCGUCAUGGCCUACGAGACCAAACUCCCCCGGCCGGCCUCCUCUUCCACUGUCACCGAAGACUUGAGUGAGGGCUCCGAGGUGCAGCAGAUCCUCUUCUAUGAAGACUCGGUUGCGGCCCAUCUCUCUAAGAUCCUGACCUCCGACCAGCACUCGGUGGUGAUCUCAUCGGCCAAAAGCCUCUUCCCGCGUUCCCCCCACAGAGUGCUCUGCGAGACCGUGAAGGACUUCGUGGCUCGGGUGGGGAAGGCCUACGAGAAGACCACCGAGAGCUCGGAGGAGUCGGAGGUCAUGGCCAAGAAGUGCUCUGUCCUGAAAGAGAAGCUGGAUUCUCUCCUCAAGACCCUGGAUGACGAGUCCCAGGCCUCGUCCUCUCUGCCCACGCCGCCCCCCACCAUCGCCGAGGAGGUGGAAGACGGGGAGGGGGCGGGCAGCAGCUGUGGCUCUGGCUCCACCGGGGACCGCGCCGUGGGGUCGGCCUGCCCAGCCCGGCCGCAGAUAUUCCGUCCUCGGGAGCAGCUCAUGCUGAGAGCCAACAGCCUGAAGAAGGCGAUUCGCCAGAUCAUAGAGCACACAGAGAAAGCUGUGGACGAGCAGAACGCCCAGACCCAAGAGCAGGAGGGGUUCAUCUUAGGUCUCUCCGAGUCGGAGGAGAAGAAGGACCUGAAAUCGGACGACAGAGCGUGCCACGGCGAGGGCCACGGCGCUGCCAAGGGCAGGAGCCUCCGCAGAGUGUCCAAAUCCCCGUGUGAAAAGCUGAUAAGCAAAGGAAGCUUGUCCCUGGGCGGUUCUGCCUCUCUUCCUUUGCAGUCAGGAAACCGGGACAGCCUGCCAGCACUGAACACGAAGAUCCUGUUCCCGAAUGUUCGCGCUGGGAUGUCUGGUUCCUUGCCUGGAGGUUCAGUCAUCAGUCGAUUAUUAAUUAAUGCCGAUCCCUUUAACUCCGAACCAGAAAACCUGAAGAACUGCUUAGAGGCUGGUAUGCGGAGUUGUUCUCAAUGGCCUGAAACCCCCCUUUGCAGAGAGUAUUACACAGAGAAGUGCGUCAUGAACAAUUACUUUGGCAUCGGCCUGGAUGCGAAGAUCUCCCUGGACUUCAACAACAAGCGUGACGAGCACCCAGAGAAGUGCAGGAGCCGAACCAAGAACAUGAUGUGGUAUGGAGUCCUCGGCACCAGAGAGCUGCUGCACAGAACCUACAAGAACCUGGAGCAGAAGGUCCUGCUGGAGUGUGACGGGCGACCCAUCCCACUGCCCAGUCUCCAGGGAAUUGCUGUCCUCAACAUUCCCAGCUAUGCUGGAGGGACCAACUUCUGGGGGGGCACCAAGGAGGACGAUACCUUUGCAGCCCCGUCAUUCGAUGACAAGAUCUUGGAGGUGGUCGCGGUGUUCGGCAGCAUGCAGAUGGCCGUCUCCCGUGUCAUAAAGCUGCAGCAUCACCGAAUCGCUCAGUGUCGCACGGUGAAGAUCUCCAUCCUGGGGGAUGAGGGCGUACCUGUGCAGGUGGACGGAGAGGCCUGGAUCCAGCCGCCAGGGUACAUUCGGAUUAUCCACAAGAACCGGGCCCAGACGCUCACCAGGGACCGGGCCUUUGAGAACACCCUGAAGUCCUGGGAGGACAAGCAGAAGUGUGAGCUGCCCCGCCCUCCGCCGUUCUCUCUGCACCCGGAGAUCCUGUCCACGGAGGAAGCCGACCAGAUGGACCGGUUUGGGCGGGCAGCGGGGGCCCUCAUCCACAGUAUCCGGGAAAUAGCGCAGUCCCACCGAGACGUGGAGCAGGAGCUCGCCCACGCCGUCAACGCCAGCUCCAAGUCCAUGGACCGAGUGUACGGCAGGCCCAGGACCACAGAGGGGCUGAGCUGCAGCUUCGUGCUGGAGAUGGUGAAUAACGUCAGAGCUCUGCGCAGCGAGACGGAGCUGCUGCUGGCGGGGAAGCUGGCCCUGCAGUUGGACCCCCCUCAGAAGGAGCGGCUCACGGCUGCCCUCGUCGAGAUGGGCCAGCAGCUCAGGAAGCUGGCGGACACCCCCUGGCUGUGCCAGCCCGUGGAGCCUGGUGAGGAAGAGAACGUGAUGCUGGAUCUUUCCAAGCGCAGCCGCAGCGGUAAAUUCCGCCUGGUGACCAAGUUUAAGAAGGAGAAGAAUAACAAGAACAGAGAAGCUCGUAGCAGCCUGGGAGCCCCGGUUCACCUCUGGGGCACAGAGGAGGUUGCUGCCUGGCUGGAGCACCUCAGUCUCUGUGAGUAUAAGGACAUCUUCACGCGGCACGACAUCCGGGGCUCAGAGCUCCUGCACCUGGAGCGGAGGGACCUUAAGGACCUCGGCGUGACCAAGGUGGGCCACAUGAAGAGGAUCCUGUGUGGCAUCAAGGAGCUGAGCCGCAGCACCCCUGCCGCCGAGGCCUAGCCUCCGCCCUCUGGGCCUGCGUCCCCCGCGCCUCCCGCGACUGAGCCGGCCCGGCGCCGCUCAUGGUGCUACUCCCGCCGCUCCGACCCGGCCCGGCGGCCCGGCUUCCGGGUCCCGACCCGCAACACAGCUACCUUCCAGCCGCCGCCGCCCCCGCCCCGGGCCUGGGCUCCUCCGCGUGCCC